GAAUCCCCACUUCGGAUGGUGAUAACUCCUUCCCAGGAUCCCCUAGCGUAUCUCCGGCCGACGCAACUCCCGCCUCACCGCUGCUUUGCUCCCCACCGCUAGCCUGGCUUUUGCCCGCCAUGGCCUCAUCCUAUCGCCCGUCCUCGUCCUCUUCUUCUCGCUUUGCACCCCCGGAUUCUGGGCUUUCUGCUCAUCCGAAGCCCUUCUCUGGUCCUCAGGCUUCAUCAGUCACCAUUCCAUCAAUCAGUAUUCCCACGUCUUCCUCCUAUCCCCAUCCCCAUCCCCCAAUCCCCUCCCACACCCACCCAUAUUCUUCACGCUCUUAUUUGUUUUUUGUACCCCCCAGCGUGUGUCUAUCUGUCUGUCUGUCUGUCUAACUUCUGUCUGUCUAUUUGUCUAUCUGUCUGUCUUGCUGUCUGUCUAUCGCUUGAGUUUUAUUCUUAUUUUCUUUUUUUU